AUGGAAGGCAAUAACAAUCACGGAGAAGGCUCCUCUCUUCAACAACUUCCCCCCAAUCCCCGCCAGCGAGGCCGCCCUCCCGGCUCCAAAAACAAGCCUAAGCCUCCUACUGUCGUCACGCGUGACAGCCCCGACGCUCUCCGCUCACACGUGCUAGAGGUCCCUGCUGGCGCCGACAUCAUGGAGAGCCUUAACAACUAUGCAACACAGAGAGGCAGGGGAGUCUGUGUCUUGUAUGGGCGUGGCAUGGUUUCCAAUGUUACUAUCCGGGAGCCUGCCUCUUCUGUUGCUACAUUUCAUGGUGCUUUCGAGAUCCUUUCGCUUACAGGAGUUUUGCUUCCCCUCCCUGCCCCCCCGGGGAUUGGAGGCCUCUCUGUUCUUCUUCGGGGACGAGAAGGGAGGGUUCUUGGAGGGCAUGUGGUCGGUCCAUUGACUGCCACAGGGACAGUGGUUGUGAUGGCAGCUUCUUUUGGUAAUGCUGUGUAUGAACGCCUCACAUUGGAUGGUCAAAGGGGCGCGGCACAGGGAGAUAGUGGUGAGGGUGCGAGUCAAGUGCAGCGUAUUCAGCCCGCGGCAUCAGAGGCAUCUGAUGGCACUGGAAGUGUUCCUUUGUUCAAUGCAGGUCCUCCUAGUUUCCCAAAUUUGUUUGAAUGGGGUGCAAGUGAUGCUGCUGCACCAAGGCCUCCAUUUUAG